UCUCAGCUACCCUCCCCACCCCUUCUUUUCUUUAUUCCUCCUUUCCGUGGAGGCAGCCGCUGAAUCCCUCAUCGGAGAGGAGGAAGAGGUGGUUGUUUGGGGAGCUCGUUCCGAAGAUGGCCAUCGUGGAGACCAAGAAGGGCGAUGAUCUACUGGCGGCUGGGAGCGCUUCCACCUCCGUCGACGCCGGCGGAGCGCCGGAGCUGCGCGGUCCCAAGGAUCUGGAAGCGACCGAGCCACGCAGCUACCGUGACGCCUCUGCAGACGCCUUUCUCUCGAGUUCCAAGGAUGUGAUUUCGUCCGCGGGACCGAGGCCUAACGGCGUCGCUACCAGAGACGAGGAGUUUAAGCGGGAGAUGCGGGACCUGGAGGAGCUUCUGUCGAAGCUGAAUCCGAUGGCGCAAGAGUUCGUACCCUCGUCACUCACGGUGACGAGGAAUAGUUUCGGCGCCGGCGGAGUUUUUUAUGCGAAAGGCUUAGGGGUCGGCGAUGGAGUUGGGAAUGGUGACCAACGGAAAAAGAAUGGAUACGGUCAUGGGAGACGUCGGAUGACUAGCCGGACUAGUAUGGCACAGCAAGACGAAGUGAUUAGAAGAACUGUGUAUGUCUCGGACAUCGAUCAUCAGGUUACUGAAGAACAGCUAGCUACACUUUUCAUUCAUUGUGGGCAGGUUGUUGAUUGUCGCAUGUGUGGGGACCCAAAAUCAGUUCUUCGUUUUGCUUUCAUAGAGUUCACUGAUGAGGAGGGUGCGCAAGCUGCUUUAAGUCUGUCAGGGACUGUUCUUGGAUUUUAUCCCGUAAGAGUGCUUCCUUCAAAAACUGCAAUUGCACCUGUCAACCCAACAUUUUUGCCCCGGUCUGACAAUGAGCGUGAGAUGUGUUCAAGGACUGUCUACUGUACAAAUAUUGACAAGAAGGUGUCUCAGGCAGACAUUAAACUCUUCUUUGAGUCUAUUUGUGGAGAGGUUUAUCGCUUAAGACUUCUUGGAGAUUACCAUCAUUCUACAAGGAUUGCGUUUGUUGAAUUUGUGAUGGCUGAGAGUGCUACUGCUGCGCUGAACUGUAGUGGUGUUGUUUUAGGAUCCUUACCCAUAAGGGUCAGCCCGUCGAAGACCCCAGUGCGUCCACGGGCACCUCGCCCACCGAUGCAUUGAAUCACACAACUAUAUGAGUUGGUCAGCGGCAGUAUAUACACACUUCAUAUACAGAGAUAUGGAAGGGUAUGUUUUGGUCGAUAACUUAUGUGCAUGUUUCUUGCGGAUAAAUGGUUGGAUUUUUCCUUAGAUUUAGCAUUUCUCUAUGUUGACACAGACAAUUUGAACAACUUUAUGGUGGUAAUAUUUCAGCUGUUUAGUAUUCAUUAUUAUCUAA